UUCGAUGAUGUCAUUGACAACAUUAUGCGUCUGGACAAUGUGCUGGGCUACAUCAACCCUGAGAUGCAAAUGCCCAAUACGCUACCCCUGUCCAGCAGCCACCUGAAUGUGUAUAGCAGCGACCCCCAGGUCUCAGCCUCUCUGGUGGGUGUCACCAGCAGCUCCUGCCCAGCAGACCUGACCCAGAAGCGAGAGCUCACAGAUGCCGAGAGCAGGGCCCUGGCUAAGGAGAGGCAGAAGAAAGACAAUCACAACCUGAUUGAGAGGAGACGCAGAUUCAACAUCAAUGACCGCAUCAAGGAGCUGGGAAUGCUGAUCCCUAAGGCCAACGACCUGGACGUACGCUGGAACAAGGGCACCAUCCUCAAGGCCUCUGUGGAUUACAUCCGGAGGAUGCAGAAGGACCUGCAAAAGUCCCGGGAGCUUGAGAAUCACUCUCGGCGCUUAGAGAUGACCAACAAGCAGCUCUGGCUUCGAAUCCAGGAGCUGGAGAUGCAGGCACGUGUUCAUGGGCUCCCUACCACCUCCCCAUCAGGCGUGAACAUGGCUGAGCUGGCCCAGCAGGUGGUGAAGCAGGAGCUGCCUGGGGAAGAGGGCCCAGGGGAGACUCUGAUGCUGGGGCCUGAGGUCCCCGAUCCCGAGCCAAUGCCGGCUCUACCUUCCCAGGCCCCACUGCCCCUGGCCACCCAGCCACAGUCCCCAUUUCAUCACCUGGACUUCAGCCACAGCCUGAGCUUUGGGGGUGCAGGCGACGAGGGGCCUACAGGCUACCCUGAUCCCCUGGGAACAGAGCGUGGCUCCCCAUUCCCCAACCUGUCCAAGAAGGAUCUGGACUUCAUGCUCCUAGAUGACUCCCUGCUACCGCUGGCCUCCGACCCCCUCUUCUCCACCAUGUCCCCUGAGGCCUCCAAAGCCAGCAGCCGGCGCAGCAGCCUCAGCAUGGAGGAGGGUGAUGUUCUGUGACGCUGGCUGCCCCUGGGCCAAGGAGCAGGGACCGCCCUCCCACCCUCAGGCUGCACUUGGUGUGAAGUAGCCUUGUCCCCUGCCUUGAUCCUCCCCCUUGGUUGGCCCCUGUUUGGACUUAGUGCCUGCCUGGCAGCCAGUGGGGCCAAGAGAAGCCCCCCCCACCUCAAUGUCCCCUCCCCUGGGGGCAGCAGUAUGGAUGUGAGGAGGAAGGGCAGGGAUGAGGGGUAAGAAGAGGCCCUGGCAGAGGAGCCCCUAUCUUCUAAGCCUGAACCCCCCCAUGAAGGACAUUUCGGAGAGGGGGGGUUGGGAAGCACCUUCUCUGAAGCAGCACAUGGUGUAGGGGUGCCCAGGCCUGCCUUUCUGGGACUCACAUGGCACCCAGCCUGUCCCCAAGCCUGGUACUUCCCCCCCACCCUCCUUUGGUGCUAACAGCUCUCCCCUGGUGGUGUGAGGGUGGGGUGGUUGGAAGAGGGGUCUGGGUUCAGGGUUGAGCGCGGGGUCCCUGCUGGGAGAACAGCACCCUGCCAGACCUCCCACUUUGUGCCUUUAGUAAACACUGUGCUUUGUA